UCUUUUUAAUUAGAAACCUCCUAUAACUUAUAUGCAGUGGUCUAGCGAAUUUGCCCCUUCGUUUGCGUAUGCAUACUAGUCUUCCUUGGUCUAGUAUACAAAGAAUUUGAAAUUCAUGGUUCUUCAUCUUAAAAUGUUGGUUUCUUUAGUUGUAAGCAAGUAGAUCUGUUUUAUUUUAUAUUUAAGAUUUGUUUCGAGUCAAACAAGACACAUGCUUAACUAUUGGAGUUAGCAAUACAUAAAGUAUUGUUUUGAUAUUUUAAUCACUGAGUUUUGAUUCAAAGAAACUUCUUUCAUUAAAACUCAACUUUUUUUGAAAAUCUUUUCUUGUACCGGAUCAAGAACUUCUUUAGGUUCUGAAGUUUUGUUUUUAACCAGAGGAGAUUUCUUUUAACAAAAAUUGAGCUUUUAAAACAAUCCAUAAGAUAUUUCAGGUAUUUGGACUCUAAAGAUUGAGUUUACAGAUAUGGGUUUAAUUGGACGGUAAAGACUUGCUGAGAAAUGUGUAGUAGCUGGUGUUUGUGGAAUUGCAGUCCUCAUACAGAGUCGAAAAAACAUGGGUACCAAGGGAAAUAACGGGCGCAGUGCUGCAAGAAACCCGAAUGCUACAAUGAGGAUUAUUGUGACACUUAUUACUGGAACUGUGUUUGGUUUUUUCAUAGGAGUAUCAUUUAUCAUGCUUGCAAUGACUAAGCAAUUUCCUUCCAGCUUUGCAACCCAAGCGUUGAUUCAAGAUGCUUGGUCUUCUGUAAUGGGUUUAGAUACAAGUAUAACAAACCAAGUCCAAUUGAAUGGUACAACAAAGAUAUGGGCUAUAACGAAUCCUAGAGGUGCAGAAAGACUACCGCCUGGAAUUGUUGCAUCCGAAUCAGAUUUGUAUCUCCGCAGAUUGGUGGGGAAGCCCAGUGAGGAUUUGACUAUUAGGCCGAAGUAUCUUGUAACCUUUACUGUUGGUAUCAAGCAGAAAAGUAAUGUCGACGCAGCAGUUAAAAAGUUUUCAGAAAACUUUACCAUAUUGCUGUUUCACUAUGAUGGCCGAACUACCGAAUGGGAUGAGUUCGAUUGGUCAAAACAAGCUAUUCAUGUCAGUGCUCAGAAACAAACAAAAUGGUGGUAUGCAAAACGAUUUUUACAUCCUGAUAUUGUGGCUCAGUAUGAUUACAUAUUUAUCUGGGAUGAAGACCUGGGAGUUGAAAAUUUCAUUGCCGAAGAAUACAUAAGACUAGUUAAGAAACACGGUUUGGAAAUCUCACAGCCGGCUUUGCAGCAAAAUGGUAAAUUAAUCUGGCAGAUGACAAGAAGAAGGGAUGACCGAGAAGUACACAAGGAAACAGAAGAGAAGGCGGGAUACUGCGCAGAACCUCAUGUACCACCAUGUGCAGCAUUUCUUGAGAUAAUGGUACCUGUUUUUUCUCGAAAUGCAUGGCAAUGUGUGUGGUAUAUGAUUCAGAAUGAUUUGGUCCACGGGUGGGGUCUUGAUUUUUCCAUGAGGAGAUGCGUAGAGCCUGCUCAUGAGAAAAUGGGAGUUGUAGAUGCUCAAUGGGUUGUUCAUCAAAGUGUUCCAUCACUUGGGGACCAGGGAGAAGCACAAAAUGGGGACAACGGCAUGGAGAGCGGUAAGAUUAAGGUAUAGACAAGAAUGGACGACAUUCCAUAAUCGAUUGAAGUCUGCAGAGAAACAAUACUAUAACAGCUUAGGCAUGGAUCCACCUGUGUCCAAAUCUCGUUAUUAUGGAUGAUCCUCGCGAUGAGGAUGACUUCGGCAAUUACAGCGUUUUCAGUACCAUCUACACGUAGUUUCUUCAUUUUUCACAUUACAUUCAUUAAUCGAUACAAAAAUAGAACUCUCAUAGUCAAAUAGCACACUCCCAGGAGCAUGAGAGUGUCAGUCUCGGUCUCCUAGAGAACUCUCAUAGUCAUAGGAAACUCGGCACAAAUGUAUAACCCACAAAAACAGCAACCAAUACAUCAAAACCAGGUAAAAAAAUAAAUUGCUCUCCGCAAGUUACAAAACUCUACUUCAUAAUAUUGUGAAGAAGAAUUCUUAAUCUAAUCCAAUAAAUUUAUCAUUUUCUUUUUAUA